AUGUUUGGCAGUUCUGCAUCUCCGCCCAAAGAUACGGGGCCGGGUUCCGGUGGAGGCUCCUCAGUUUCUGGCCCAAAUACCACGACAUCCAACACGGGCGACGCCCCCUCGAAAUCCCCUGAAGCGGGAGAGAAGCGCAGUGGGAAUGGCAGUCCGCAAGGCCGCGCUCCCGCAGAUAACGGCGGGGAGAAGAAGCGCAGGAGUAGCGGCGUUGGGGGGAAGGCCAGCUCCCUGCUGGCCAGCGCGAAGAACUCGUUACACUUCAGCCCGAGCCCAAACAGCGCUGGGUUUAUGCGCAGCUCAGAUAGAGAUAGUCAAAGUACGCAGACCCCGUUACAGAAACUUGGGAAGCAAGAUCCGGCGUUAAGCGUUCCUCAAGGCCAACACAAUAACUCGGCAGGCGAAUCACUUCCCGGCCCCAGGUCUACCUUCAGGGUGGGCGUCUGGGAAGACAAGAAUAAGAAAUGUCGCCGGACGAUGGAAGACACACAUGCCUUCCUCUACAACUUCCUACAUACUCCCGCCCCCGUCUUAAGUUCCAUCGGUUCAUCGAGUCAGAGGUCGCAGAAGUCGUCCGAGGAGCUCUCAACCGAUGUGUCUACAGCCAGUCUCGCCUCAUCGGCCUCCUCGGGCGAGAUGAUGGAGACGGACAAUGGUUACUUUGCGAUCUUCGAUGGUCACGCGGGCACUUUUGCAGCAGAUUGGUGCGGGAAGAAACUGCACAUCAUCUUAGAAGAAAUGAUAAGAAAGAAUCCAAAUACCGCCAUCCCCGAACUCCUCGACCAGACCUUCACGAGCGUCGACGCCCAGCUGGAGAAACUCCCUCUGAAGAACAGUGGGUGUACCGCCGUCACCGCCGUCCUCCGCUGGGAAGACAGGAUACCAAACGCCCAGUCAGCAACGGGGUCGACCCCGAUUGCACCGGCCACGGCAGCUGCCAUUAGAGCCUCCGAAGAGGCUCUCAGGAGCGAGGAGAAGUCGGCAGAUAGUGGCAUUGAUAUGACCAAGACCCCAUCACAGCAAGCGAACGCCGCUGCAGCCGCGGCUAGUCUAACAUCCAAUGAGGCAACGCACGCCAGGCUCAGGAGCACUGCCUCGAGGCAAAGGGUUUUGUAUACUGCCAAUGUUGGAGACGCACGGAUUGUACUGUGUCGGAAUGGUAAAGCCCUGAGGUUAUCCUACGACCACAAGGGCAGUGACGAGAACGAGGGGAGGCGAAUCGCCAAUGCCGGAGGACUGAUUCUCAAUAACCGCGUCAAUGGGGUCCUGGCAGUUACGCGGGCCUUGGGAGACGCAUAUAUGAAGGAUCUAGUAACCGGGCACCCUUAUACUACAGAAACAGUCAUCCAACCCGACAUUGAUGAAUUCAUAAUCCUUGCUUGCGAUGGCUUAUGGGACGUCUGCUCUGAUCAAGAAGCCGUCGACUUGGUGCGCAAUCAGCUCGAUCCCGUCGCAGCCGCCAAGCAACUCGUCGACCACGCGCUCGCCCGCUUCAGCACCGACAAUCUGUCCUGCAUGAUCGUGCGCUUCAACAAGUCGGCGCUGUUGAGCACGGCCAGGGACUCCACUUGCGCCAUCGGCGUCGAAGGCGAUCCCCACUCCCUCGCCGGCGCCAUGAGCGAAGUCGACAAGAUCGUCGGCGACGCCCGGCGCAAGGUGCACGAAGACGGCAUCCCGGGUGUCGGCGUCAGCGGCAGCAACAGCGGCAGGGGUCACGAGCCUCAACCCGUCACCGAGGAGGAUCCCGGUUGGCGCCUCAACGUCGAGAUGGAGAAGGUGAUCGAGGAAGAACCGGGCCUGGUUAAUAGCGAUGCGCCGGAGGUAGACGCCGCGGGCGUGCGCGCCAAGCUGCAUCUCCCUAGCAAAUGAAUGACCUACGGAUGCUGUGUUACGAAUCUUAAAAAUUUUUCCACUCUACAGAGUUCUCCUUUUUUUUUUUUCUUUGUUCUGGCGUCGGGACUCGGGCGAGAUUGUACGGUAGGUGGAUGGGCUGGGCUGGAUUUGAAAUGAAUCGACCUGAAAUGAAAUCCAAGGUGGUGAUAAGCGGGGUGGGAAGGGGGGAGGGAGAAAGAUCCGUCUAUGAAUUGAAAACAUCAUACGCAUUCUGUAACUUCAUAUUUUAUUUUUUUCUGCUACUUUGCGAAAGGGGGGAUUGGAGAGAGAGAGAGAAGUUCGUUCGAAAUGAGAAUUACGCGGGAUAAGGGGGGGAUAGGGGGGUGGAGAGAGGCAUCAGAUGUUUGAAGAAAAACAUCAUGAUGCAUGCUUUUUUCUCUUCUUCUUUUCAUUUAUUUUUUUGUAGUAGAUGCAUGCCAAAUGCGGAUUUUGUCAAGCGGGGAG